AAAUCGAACAAGAUCCAGCAUCACCACGCAGUCAAACCGGAGACGGGAACACUUCUGAGAAUGACCCAAAGAAAGUCAAUGGUAGCGGAAAUAAAGCUAAUGGCGAUGCAAAUACAGACAACAGCAACUCUACCCCUGAUAAUGAAAAUGUUCCGGGAGUUGGAUAUGCUAUUACAGAUACAGACACAGGAGAGUUUAGCAAUAGUACUGAAGGAGAAGAGAAUUAUGUGAACGGUGACGAUAUCGAUAGCAACCCCGAAGAUGAUAGAGUUGGGUCAGGUGAAAACAACGAGUCUGAUACUGAGGCGACAGAGAGUGCGAACGAAGGAACUGGUGACACACUCGCCCAAA